AGUCCAUAUGGCAGUACACAGGGUCACUGUCGCCGUCCACUUUCGAAGAAACACUUCAACUUUGCCUUCUAGAAGAGUGAAGUUCCAGCAAUACUAAUAGUUUUGUGUGUGCCAACAUACCUCCAUCUGUUAAAAAUGGCAGCAUCCCAUCUAGCCGGGUUGGAAAGCUUGGCAAUAACGCACACCUACUCUGUACAUCAACGGUGACAGCCCCGACGUCGCCGUGAUGCUCAUUCGCGAUCUGUUUGGCUGGACCUUCCCAAACCUGCGCAUAUUAGCCGACUACUAUGCGCGCGAGGCCAAUGUAACUGUAUAGUAUACCUACCCGACUUCUUCGGGGGGGUUAUAUUGUCAUUCGAGAACAUCACUACUGGCAAGUUUGACUUACUCAACCUCCCGAACCUCAUGAAACAAAACGGUCGCGAUAUACGUGAACCCGAAAUCUUCGAGUGCGCCAGGGCCCUGCGUCAGACAUAUGAGAAGGUUGGCGCCAUAGGCUUCUGCUAGGGGGUGGGCCUUUUUCAGACUGGGGGCGAAGGAAUACCAACCACCCCUUGUCGACUGUAUCUUGAUAGGGCAUCCAACGUUUCUGACCAAACAGGGCAUCGACGAGGUGGUGGUUCCCGUGCAGAUUCUGGCUCCUGAAACUGAUCACCUGUAUCCACCCGAACUCAAAACGUAUGCACAGUACGUUUGAGACGAUCCAGAAACUGGGCUUGGCAAGCCCUUAGAUUAUCGGCAUUUCCCAGGCGUGGAGCAUGCCAGUGCUUGCUUCGUUCGCGGUGAUGAUAGGCAUCGAGGGGAACGUGAAGCGAUGACGAGCUAAGAAUGCGGCUGUUGGCUGGUUUAAACAGUGUUUAUUCGAGUCGUAAGGAUGGGAUAUACCGGGUCCUUUUGAUCCCUACUUUGUCUGAUUUAUGGAUGUUGACCACCCGUACACGAUCCUUGUCAUGAAUACGGUGUCUACGGCUGGAUAUAUCUUGAUAUCGGAAUUGCCAAGUGACAAUAAGUUGGCUUUUCUUUUUCACUAUGCUAUAUUUGCUACCAGUUGGAUAUAACACGAUGCAAUUGAGUACAUUUGAAAUAUUUUAACCCACAUUAUUCUUAUAUGCAAUUUUGCUGUUCAACCCGUUGUAGGAGACAUCCAAUGCGUCAUUUCUUUCACAGAAUUAAUGGAGGUAUUCAACUCUGCUAGUCUGGAAGAAACAAUUUGCUCGGUCCGAGUGCCCAGGGAUCAAACUUGCCUAUUGUGGCUAGCGUUGGCACGUCCCUAACCCUAGCUCGGUAGCUUGAGUAGCUCCGAGGUCGCGUUAUCAAAUCUUCGUUCUGCCCAUUCUAACAUAAAACCUCCUGAGAUUUCAGUCCUGGACUCCCACAAAUUGUUUCAACUACGGGACCGGAGACGCUCCUUCAUAUGACUCUGUAAUAGUGUCAAGAAAUUUCCCCCACCCUAGUCCACCUCAAAAACGUAGUAAUGGCGACUCGCGCCACCCGCCGCAGCUCUCGCCUUGCUCCGAACACCACUCCGACGAAGCAAUCCCCAAAGACGCAAGAAUCAAUUAACCGUCCUGUCAGUUCCCCAAAGCUUACAUCGAAACGUUCUGAACCUACACCAUCGAGUAAUAAAAUCGAUAAUAAAAUCAACGGCGCCCUCGGGGUAGAGCCAUAUAACGGAGCUGACGACGACUACGCCGUUGUGGGAACUGUGGAAAUAGAACAUACGAAAGAGGUUAUGGUAAAGCAAGAGACAGUUGAAAUUUCAAAACGAGGUACGAAAAGAAAGGCGACAGUAUCAAAGUCCCAACAGUACUCUAGUGAGGAGGAACAGGAAGUCGAAGUAAAAACCCGGAAGGAAGAGCGGACGAAAAGGACAAAAGUAAAGGAGGUCACUAUAGAAAUGAAGCCCCUGGCGCCUCGAACUGCGAAUCUGCGGAUGUUUGUCGGAGCGCAUAUUAGCGCUGCGAAAGGAGUCCAUAACGCAGUCACAAACAGUGUUCACAUCGGGGGAAAUGCCUUUGCCCUGUUUCUAAAAUCACAGAGAAAAUGGGAGAACCCGCCAUUACAAAACGAGCAUCGAGACCAAUUUCGGCAACUUUGCUCAGAUUAUUCCUAUGAUGCUUCGAAAUAUGUUCUUCCUCAUGGCUCGUAUUUGGUGAAUCUGGCGCAAGAAGACCCGACAAAAGCGAAGCAGGCAUACGAUUCCUUUCUUGAUGAUCUGAAACGUUGUGAAGAACUUGGUAUCAAGCUUUAUAAUUUCCACCCGGGAGCAACCAACCAGACUACCCUUGAGUCUUCAUUAUCUCGAUUGGCACAAGCUCUCAUCUCUGCUCUCAAAGCUACGACAACAGUUGUUCCAGUUCUCGAAACAAUGUGCGGCCAUGGAACCACAAUAGGAGGCUCACUAUCGCAUUUCAAAGCACUUCUUGCCCUCAUUCCAGAUACCUACCGCUCUCGCAUUGGGAUAUGCGUGGACACAUGCCACAGUUUUGCGGCCGGGUACGACCUCCGUAGCCCUAGUAGCUGGAAUAAUUUCAUGGAAGAAUUCGAUAAAGAAAUAGGCCUGCAAUACCUACGAGCUUUCCAUUUGAAUGACUCCAAAACGCCACUGGGUAGCCGACGAGAUUUACACGCGAAUAUAGGAACAGGAUUUCUGGGUCUGAGGGCAUUUCAUAACUUGAUGAAUGACAAGAGACUAGAAGGCAUCCCGAUGAUAUUAGAAACUCCCAUUGACCGACCUGCGAAAUCGGACGCAGAGACGGCAACUGGACAACCGGACGACGAAUACGGAGUGUGUAAGGACGAUCAUUCAACCGAAACAACUACCAAGAAGAAAAAUAGCCGUACCAAGAAGGGGCCAGCUAAGAAAGCAAAACCUGGUAAGCCGGUUAUGAUUGAGGAUAAAUCCAUAUGGGCGAAGGAGAUAAAACUUCUCGAGUCGCUUAUUGGAAUGGACACUGAGAGCGAGGAAUUUCUCAGACUGGAGGCGGAAUUGGCAGAGCAGGGGAAAGAGGAAAGAGAGAAACAUCAAGCGAUGUGUGACAAGAAGCGGGAUAAGGAGGGAAAACAGAAGGAUCUACGAGAUAUGUUUGCUGUCAAUGGAAAGGCGAAGGGGAAGGGGAAAGCGAAAGUGAAAGCUAGUCCUACUAGUGUGGGUAAAAGGAAGAAGGCCGAAGAGGAGAGCACUGAUGACUCCGACUAAGUGAAUAUUUUUUCGUAAAUUCGGGGAGGGGCGUGCUCCAAUUUUUGAUGUCAAGAUCCCUUUCAUUUUUCCGAUAUAUUUGGAUCGUGGCCCUUGGUUAUCCUUUCCCACCAAACUUCUCUCUCUCCUUAUGUUUUGGGGGCCCAAUUGGUUAGCGCUUUCGCCUGUGGGAAGUUUUAGCCUUCCCGGGGGGGGGGGGGGGGCGGUUUGAUGGUUUUGACUCUCACCCACCCCCUUUUUUAUUUUUUGAUGUCAUGUUCUGGCUGCUUUCUUCCGUUGUGGAGAAUAAUAGAAUCUAUUCAGAGGUAACUAGGGGAAAUAUUUAAUUGAAGGCGCAGGUUAAGGUGAAGUUCAACCAACGCUUGAGAUAUUGCCGGGUAUAUUCAAGUCAAGUCUUGUCUUUGGAAGGGUGUUCGGUAUAAAAUUAUGGGGCAGGAUUGGGACAAAUGUAUUUCGAGUGGAAUUGAGUUUUCGGGGGGUGCAAAGUUCAAUAUGACAGGAAACAGGAAAUCUACUCGAUAUUAGAAACGGAAGCAAGAAAGGCGGUAGAUGAAACAAUGCAAGGCGAGUAGCCACCGGGAAAACAGAAUGGAUACGGAGAGGCUAAGAUAUAUGCCUUCCCUCCUCCGGCAUUCAUUAUGGAUCCAACCGACCGGCUCCUACUCCUUCAUCUGCUUGCUCGCAGAAACACACCAGUUAUUCCAAUCCGAGAAGAACGACGGCUGGACAUGACACUUCUUGCUGGUAAGCUGCUUCUUGCGCGUCUCGGCAUAAAUAUCGACAAUACCGGACAAACUCUCCUUAUCAUGUGCCACAAGAAUCUUCACCAGCAGCAAACUCGCCUGGCUACAGGACGACGCGUGAGCAGCCGGCGCGCUAUGCGUAGCUUCCUGAUGCACAGCUUUCAAUAGCUCCCAGACCGGCUCCGCAGAUUCAAUGGAGGGGAUGCUAGCCGCUCCCUUGCAUUGUUUCGUAUAUUCUCUGAGCACAUUGCUGGCGCGAGCAGCGAUCUGUUUGGUCCUUGACUUGCGGCUGAGUUGUAAUAGCGGCAUAAGAAGGUCCAGGGCGAGGAUGUUGGAAUGGCACUUCUUCACAUAAAUUUCGAGCAGGUCGAGCACGCGGUUUUUGAAAUUCAGCAUGGUCUCCUUUGCGUCUUUUUGCUCUUUCUUUUUGCUGUAGACUUGUUUACGGGCGCGGAAGACUUUUGCGAUUUGGUCGUCGAGGGCUUCCAUUUCGUCGUCAUCCAUGGAGGCAUCCUCAGAGUCAGAGGUGGCAUCAAUGUCCUUGUCGGCUCGGUGGGUACCUAAUGCUGAAGCAAGCUUCGCUUCGAAGGCCUGCAGUUCAUCAUCGUCUUCCUCUUCCGACUCUUCUGAUUCGUCCUCGCUGUCGUCCUCGGAGGCCUGGCUGAUUACUUCAACAUCAUCCUCGUCUUCGUCAUCAUCAUCAUCAUCAUCGGAGUUUUGAGCAUCAACCAUUUCUAUAUCACUGCCAACUUCUUGACUCUCAAACAUUUCCUCUUGGCCAGCGAGCGUGUCCUUAGCUUCAAGCACCUUUUUGGGAAAAGAGAGUCAGCAUAUGUCAAGUAUAUCAAAAAGCAAAUAGAAUGGGGACAAGCAUACAUCAAUCAAAGAUUGAAGACCAGUCGCAGUAACCUGAUCCGCAAAAGCGCCAAACACUUGUUCACUCAUCCGACGGAAUAGUUGCGAUUGUUUCGACGAGAAGCUGAGGAGGAUUUCCACGAGCGCAUCUGACGCCUCGUUUGCCUCGUCACGCUCUGCCUUGUGACCGAGAAAUUUAGAGUAACAGAAUUUUAGCUCGUCAAGCAUCGAAACAGCGUCGGCAUCCCCAUUAUACACCUGCAAUAUCGUCAUCGAGUACAGGAGUUUGAAAGCCUGGAUACUAGAUCCUUCCUUUUUCUCGGCGCGUUUUUCCUUUUUUGGGGUCGGUAAAGUUAGCCAGAAUAUAUCAAACGAGGAGGGUUGAUGUACUGUUUUCUACCUUAGAAGUAAGCUUCUUUAACGUUUUGAAAGCCGCCGCAACAGAUCCCUUAAUGUCUUCACCCAUUUCAAUGACAAAUUUGCCCCAGUCCCCAUCCACAUCCAUUUCAUGGAUCUUGCGAACCACGGCGUAAGGGAUGGCAGCUGGGCUUUUCCGGCCACUGAUGACGAUAUUCAGACAUGACAUCAGUCUAUUACGAAACAAUUCCUGGGUGGCUUCCAUGACAGGAGGUUCUGCUGGCGUUUGUUUGCUUUUGGCGUUUUCGUUAGAUAUAAAAUAAGCAAAGCGAGCCAAGAGGAGCAAAACACUCUCGAUUGACGACUGUAGCUCGUCCGAAACAGUGGCGUUAAUGGCAGCCGCUUGUGUCCUCACAACCGAGAGUAAAUAUGCUGUGAGUUGUUGGCGAGUCGACGCGGCAGCUUUUACAUCUUCCAUGCCGGGUCUCGCAAUCAUACUUUCAAAUAACGGGAUAAUCUCCUUCAAAGUAUCCGCACUGACCGCAGAAAUCAUCUUUUCAACAGUCUUGGUCUUCGUAAUGUGGUCAAAGUUUACCGCACCAGUCGGGCCCAUUAGUCCGUUAAUAGCGGCCACAAUAAACUCCGGCUCUCUCGCUACACGCGCCUGGACGGAUUUCAGUGCUUUGGCAGCUAUCCGGUGAAGAUACCGAUCUUCAACAGCUAGCUGAUUCAUGAAACACCGCAUGAGGUUUUUGGUGAAGACUGUCUCAGCGAGAUGUGGAGGAGCCUCGUUCAUGCUCUUUAUAAAAAGAAGGAAACCCCAGUAUUUACGUUCCUCGGAGGACGCAGCCGCAAAUAAUCCUUCUACUCGACAUUAGUGCAAAUUCCAAAGUGCAUGUUUAAAGGUUAAAACUUACUAUCAACAACCUCAGUCCAAAUAUCAGUGAAACUAGCCUGAGUGGCUUUUGAAUCCUUGGUCUUUGACGAUCCGUUCUGUCCGGGUGGUUGUGUAGAGAGCUUUUGCAAGACAAUUUCCCACGCAAAAUGCAAUUUUGGAUUCCAGACUCCCGAAUUCUGUGCUUUACCAUUCUCCCUCCCAGGUUCAGAUUGUGAUUCGGACGUUUCUUUCAUUAUUUUCGCAAGGGAAGCCUUUUCCCGUACGUGUAGUGGACUACCAUGCUGCCAUACAUCCUCAGGGAAUUUCAUUGUUGCAAAAAGAUCUUUCGCCGCAAUCCAUAUGGCGACACCUUCCGGGGUUUUAGCAAGGCCAUUCUGACAGAGCGAAUCCAAUGCCGCCUCAGCAUAUUUAACAUCAAAUUUGUGAGUCUGAAUUUCUCGUAAAGAACAGAAGACUAUCCAUCCGCACUCUUCACGAAGCCAUGGUUUCUUCUUGGCUAGGUCAAAUAAGGUAUUGAGGAUCUUAAUCCAUUCUUCGAACGGCACCUGGGACUGAAAGAGCACUGAAGAUUUAAUAAGAGCUUCCGCUCCAAAAAGUCGUCCAAAAUGGUGAUCUCUCUCCUCCUAUCAUCAAGGUUAGCAAGAACGAAUGAUUUCAUAUACUUGGGGAUAUCAAUAAAAGAGCUAAUCUUACCUGGCCUGAUGCGGAACCUCCAGGAUUUGACUGCGCUUCCCAAAUCUCAAUCGCUCUUGAGAUAUCCAAACUCGAAGAUGGCAGAUCUCUACGAGACGAGAAAAGUUGAGAAAGUGUUUCCGUCAAAGCAAUUGAGAACCCGAUUCUAGCGGCCUUUCGGCCGCUGCAGAGUCCACGAAAUAAGCGUUGCAGUGUCUUUUCGAUUUGCUCAUCUGUAGGUUUCUGAUCGGGAGUAAAUCGAGACACAAGCCGCUGAGCAGCUUUUAAUCUAAUCUCGUCAUUCUCGUUGGCUAGGUCUUCGUAGAUUUCUACCAGCUUAACGUCCACGUUAACGGGUUCGCGACGUCUUUUUCUGGACGGAGGUGGAAAGGAAGCCAUGCUUUUCUAUCCCUGGUAAAUAUGAGGAUAAGAAUGCAGAAUUACUCUCUAUGAAUGGCGGUCUCUUUCCUCCUUAAUUGAUAUAUGUCUUAAGGGCUAUGAAGAAUUUAGGUGUAUAUCUAAAUUAGUUAUUUUGACGAAAUUUCAACCAAAAAAUUAUUUUGAUGCUUGGACAUAUUCGGACUAGCGCCAUCAGAUAAAGCUUUCCCAAGAGUUUAG